GACUUCUGUUUGAGUGUAUGUGUUGACCAUGUGCAGAUUCAAUUAAUAAGAAUACAGUUGAGAGUACCUGAAUAUGGUUGGACGACACAAAAGGUUUUCCAUCUCAUGAACUUUGUUGUAAAUGGAGUUCGUGCCAUUGUCUUUGGAUUUCACAAACAAGUGUUUUUGUUCCAUCCCAAGGUGCUGACUUUGGUAUUAUUGGAUCUACCGGGCCUGCUUUUCUUCUCAGCGUAUACACUUCUUGUUCUAUUUUGGGCUGAGAUAUAUCACCAGGCUAGGAGUUUACCAACAGAUAAGCUGAGAACCUUCUAUAUUUCAGUAAAUGGUGCAAUAUACUUCAUACAGGCUUGUAUCUGGGCGUACCUCUGGAUAAACGACAAUAGCACUGUGGAAUUCAUUGGGAAGAUAUUUAUAGCAGUUGUAUCAUUUAUUGCUGCAUUAGGAUUUUUGCUGUAUGGUGGAAGGUUAUUUUCUAUGCUGAGACGCUUCCCCAUUGAAUCUAAAGGGAGAAGAAAGAAGCUUCAUGAGGUUGGAUCUGUAACUGCCAUUUGUUUCACUUGUUUCCUCAUUAGAUGCUUUGUGGUUGUGUUAUCGGCUUUUGAUGCUGAUGCGACACUAGACGUCUUGGAUCAUCCAGUUCUAAAUCUGAUAUAUUACAUGCUCGUGGAAAUUCUUCCUUCAGCUCUUGUGCUUUACAUCCUGCGAAAACUGCCUCCCAAAAGAGUAUCUGCUCAAUACCACCCUAUCCGUUAGCUGCAACAGACUCAUAUCAUUGGUCGUGUAAUUUCCCGAUGGUUGCAGCAAUCAAAGCUAGUGGAGUUCUGCUGGAGAAGAGGAUCAAGGAGUGUAAACCGUGGAAUAUCUCAAUUCUUUCGCCAGUUACACAGAGCUGCCGUCCUUACAGUUUUGUUUGUGGUUUUGAGGUUUUUGAAUAUUUGUACACUAGAUGAUUAUGCACGGGCCCAACAAUUUAAACUGUAAUCGUGUGUUUACAUGUGAUUAAGAUUCGAAAUAGCAAUAAAUGGUUAAGGAUAACAAAAAUUUCACAAACACAACAGAAUAAUGCUGGUUUUGAUCAAUAGUGAUAGAAACAUAAAACUAUAUAUUACUUCCCUAGGGGCUGGCCGACGUGUGUAAAAUUGAGCUAAUAUUUCAUUUUGUUGUGCUUCUCUAUUAAUCAAAGCAUAUGACUAAUUCCUCA